AUGUCGCUGCCAAUUACGGUCAACAAAGAAACACCACAGAUGUCUGAGAAAUCGGGCCUUACACCCACGAUUAUCAUUACACCAUCUUCACCAUCUUCUGAACUGGACUUUCAGAUUAUUCACGUCUCAACGCCAUCCACUAAAACAUGGUCGACUCGCCUCCGUAUGCCUUGGUCUAGGUCAUGGACCCACCAUGGCCCAAUCGCUCUCAACAGUCCUCCUCUUGAGGAUAUGACCACCACUACGAGCCGGAAUCGAUCUCAUUGGCUCUUUGGUAGACUGAGAUUCCGUACUGCCAUGAUACUCGCCGUACCAUUCCUCGUGGUGGCAGCCCAUGUAGUAAUCGCACGUAGUUAUGGUAUCUCUCUGGGGCUAGACCUUGGAGGAGAUGAGGACCAUUCAGGAUGGGUGCCUACACACGGCUCUGAAAUACAUUCCGAAGCGUGA